UCUCAAUCGCUUCUGUCAGUUGUUACCAGGUCACGACCUCAGGAUGGGGGCCCCUUCAUUCCCGCUUCAGCAUGAUUUCGUUUUCGAUCGUUUGUCACCAGAGGCCAAGCCCAACCACCAGCCAUACGUCAAGUUGACUUUCUUUUUUAAGAAGAGAGCAGAUAUCAGUUACGAGGAUUUCCACAAGCACUGGGAAACUGUGCAUGCUGAUCUCGCCGUGGCGUGUGAACCGUUUGGGCUUUACAUCGCGCGGUACACGCAGUAUCACCAAACCCCUCAACUCAAGUCAGCGGCAGAGACUUGCGUCGAAGGUAUGGAGCUAUUGGAUUUCGAUGGAUGCAGCGAAAUUUUGGUCAACUCCCUUGACAACGCUAUCAGUUUCUUCAAGAGCCCAGAAUACGUGGAAGAUAUGAAUCUUGACGAGGGAAACUGGUUGGAAAGGCCGGUCCGUAUGAUGAUCGGCUACGACAACUUGAUCUUUGGCCAAGCUUUACCGCUGCCAGGCACGAACAAUGGACUCUCAAGUUCGGACCUGCAACGAGCGCUGCAGAAGCCGUGAAUGGCUGAACGUGGGUCUAUUUUUCAUGGAUGGCAACCAUUUUGUGCUUCACUUGUGACCACACAGUCCUUGUGAACUAGCACACACAAAAUACUCGUAGUAUGAUCUGUGGCCUGCUAAACAAGAUA